AUGAGUUACCCGGUGGAAACGAUAGGGAGUCCCUUCAGGAGAGUUAUGGAUUCUAGGACGACCAACUACGGCUACAGCCGCUCCGUCGGCACCCCCUCCAGCGGCUUUCGCUCCCAGUCUUGGUCCCGGGCAAGCCCUGGCUCCACCAUGACCACAUCUUACAAGAGGAGCGUGAAUGUGCCUGCAACCCGAGCAUACAGCUCUACGGUGCUCAGCUCCGCCGACAGCGUUGAUUAUAGUCAAAACUCCAUCCUGAACGGAGACUACAAGCGAUCUAAUGAGAAAGAGCAACUUCAAGGGCUCAAUGACCGGUUUGUUGUUUACAUUGACAAGGUGCACUACCUGGAGCAGCAAAACAAGCAGAUCGAGGCGGAGAUCCAGGCACUGCGGCAGAAGCAGGUGUCUCGUUCCCAGCUGGGCGACCUCUAUGACCAGGAGCUGCAGGAGCUGCGCUCUAUGCUGGAGCAAAUCCACCAUGAAAAGACGCAAAUUCAGCUCGACACCGACCACAUCGAUGAGGACAUCCAGCGGCUGAGGGACCGCUUUGACGAAGAAGCCCGCAUCCGAGAGGAGACAGAGGCCAUAAUCCGUGUCCUGAAGAAGAACUCAGGCGACUCGGAGUUGGUGAAGUCUGAGUUGGAGAAGAAAGUUCAGUCACUGCAGGAUGAGAUUGCCUUCAUCCGCAACAACCACGAGGAAGAGGUGAGCGACCUCAUCGCCCAGAUUCAAGCGUCUCAGGUAACCGUCGAGAGGAAAGACCUCCAGAAGACAGACAUCACCGAGGCACUCCGGGAGAUCCGCUGCGAGUUGGAGGGCCAUUCCAACCAAAACCUGCAGCAGGUGGAGAGCUGGUUCAUGUGCCGCUACGCCAAGCUCACAGAGGCCGCAGAGCAGAACAAAGACGCCAUAAAGUCCGCCCGUGAUGAGAUAUCCGACUACCGUCGCCAGCUGCAGUCCAAGACGGUGGAGUUGGAGUCCGUCCGCGGGACAAGAGAUUCACUGGAGAGGCAGCUCAAUGACAUCGAGGAUCGCCACAACAGCGACCUGUCCAGCCUGCAGGAGACGAUUCACCAGCUGGAUAAUGAGCUCAAGAGCACCAAGUGGGAAAUGGCACGUCACCUGCGCGAGUACCAGGACCUGCUCAAUGUCAAGAUGGCCUUGGACAUCGAGAUUGCUGCAUACAGGAAACUCCUAGAGGGUGAAGAGACCCACUUCAGCACUUACCCUUAUCGCCAGCCAGUCCCCUCCUCCAAAAUGUCUAAGCCUAAAUCAGAAGGUACCAAGUUGAAGGUGCAACACAAGUUUGUGGAAGAGAUCAUCGAGGAGACAAGGGUGGAGGAUGAGAAGACCGACAUUGAUGAGGCCCUGGCAGAAAUAGCACAAGAGCUAUCUGCCAAACUUGAACAGGGAGGAGAGGAAGAUGAGGGAGAAGAGGGAGGAGAGGGAGAGGAAGCAGCAGAAGGCGAGGGAGAUGAGGGAGAAGGCGAGGGUGAGGCUGAAGAGGAGGAGGAAGAGGUGGAGGAGGAGGUUGUAGUCGCCGCUGAUGCCAAAGUUAGCGCUAGCGCACCCACUGAGGAGGAGGAAGAAGGAGAGGGAGAGGCAGGUGAGGAGGGAGAAAAGGAAGAAGAAGAAGGUGAGGGAGAGGAUGAGGGAGAAAAGGGGGAUGAUGCAGAGGGUGGUGAUGAAGGAGAAGGAGAAGAGGGAGGAGAGGAGGAGGAAGUUGAGGAAACUGUAUUGUGCUCCAAGGCUCCAGAAUCUACAGCCUCUCCUGACAAAGAGAAGGCCGGAGACAAAGAGGGCAGCGGAGACGAGGAAGCUGCUGCUGAAGAGGAGGGUGGUGAUCAGGAUGACGAUGCAGGAAGUGACAAAGCAUCCAAAAGUGGAGAUGAGAAAGAAGACAAAGAGGACGCAGACCAAGGCAAGAAGGAAGAUGAGAAGACUGUAAAAGAUGAGAAGGCUGACGACAAAUCAGAAAAAGCUGUGGCUAAGACAGAGAAGGAAGAGGCUGCCAAGACAGAGGCAUCAAAACCUGAAUCUCCCAAGCCUUUAUCUCCCAAAUCUGAAACACCUAAACCUGAGUCUCCUAAAUCUGAAUCUCCCAAGGCCACAUCUCCCAAGUCUGAGUCCCCCAAGGUAGGCUCACCAAAGGCUGGAUCCCCAAAACCUAGCUCCCCAAAAGCCGAGUCCCCUAAGUCAGAAUCCCCAAAACCCCAAUCUCCAAGAGCUGAAUCCCCAAAGACUGAGACUGCCAAGCCUGAGACCGCCAAGCCUGAGGCUCCUAAAGCUGCUGAGGAGAAAACAGAGAAAAAGAGCGAGCCAACAGAAGACAAGAAGGUCGAGAAGGUCGAUGCUGCCAUGAAUGGCGACAUAGACAAGAGCAGCCCAGAGGAGAAAGGCAAGGAUGAGGAGAAAGACGUGAUCGCCAACGGUGUAGAUGAGAGCCCCGUUAAGGAAGAUGGCAGCCAGAAAGUGGUGAUCACCAAAACCGUGGAGACAAUCACCACCGGAGAAGAUGGAUCCCAGCAUGUCACCAAGUCUGUCACUGUGACCGAGACAGUGCAGGAGGUAGAGGAGACGGUGCAGGAGAAGAUGGUCUCCACCAAGAAGUUGGAGAAGCACUCCACCCAGUCCGUCAAGGAGGUGACAGAGGGUGACUGAGCAGGAUCUAGGAGAAAGGAGAGGACUAGAGAAGAGGAUAUGAAGACAAGCAAUCAACCCAGAACUAAAAUAACAAAGAUAUCAUACAGCUAGAGCGAUGUAAAAAAAAAAAAAAG